ACUCAGAGGAGCUACAACUGGCUCUGUCAAUGAACUGUGACAAGGUGUUGUUCUUUGGGUUAUUCUCCUCCCUCUCUCGCCUUCCGGGAACACUAAUUGGCCACAUGCAGAGUAAUGUGACCAAUCGAAUCAUCCUCGGCAGAGAGCCGGAGCUUCAGAUCGGAAGAGCAGAGCGUUGGGCUCAGUCCGGCUCCCACGCCGAAGAGUUCCUGGGGUGACACUUUCUUUUCCUUCCUUUACCUCGGGAAUACCUCGGGAUUUACCCCCCAUCUUCUCAUCCCACGGAUUUGGUGGUUUUCCCGCCCCUGGCCUCGCCUCCUGCCCGGGUGAAAAGGGCACCAUCAGACAGGUGAUCGCUGGCCCUGGUGCUAUACUACGAUACCUUCAUCCUGACCUGCCCACUUGCCUGCCCUCGACCCCUCACCCCCCUGUAACCAUGACGACCAAAACGACCAACGACCUGGACGGGAACAAGGUCUCCUCCUCCCCUCUCCUGUUGUCCACAUCAUCCCCGUCCUACCUGUCUUGCCUGCGCCUAGUGACCAAGGACGGUCACUGCGCCCUGCGAUCCUCCCCUCCCUCCCCGGGCCUGUGGCCCUCCUGGGCAUCUGCCUCUGCCUGGCUGCUAGCCCUACAGGACCUGUGGGGGGCAGUGGUGUGCCUGCGCUGGCGCUGGGUCCUCCUGGCCUUCUGCACCUCCUUUGUGGCCCACUGGCUGCUGUUUGCCUGCCUGUGGUACCUACUGGCUCACCUCAAUGGAGACCUGGCAGUGGAGGACCACGACGCUCCUCCAGAGGGACAUGUAGUGUGUGUCAAAUACAUCACCAGCUUCACCGCAGCCUUCUCCUUCUCCCUGGAGACCCAGCUGACCAUUGGGUACGGCACCAUGUUCCCCAGUGGGGACUGUCCCAGCGCUAUAGCCCUGCUGGCGGUUCAGAUGCUGCUGGGGCUCAUGCUGGAAGCCUUCAUCACAGGUGCGUUUGUGGCUAAGAUUGCCCGUCCCCAGAAGCGUGCGGGGGCCAUCCAGUUCAGCCCCCAGGCGGUGGUAGGUCAGCACCAGGGCCAGCCCUGCCUCAUGUUCCGGGCCACCAACCUUCUGCGCCGCCCCCUGGUGGAUGUGGAGGUCAGUGCCGUGCUGUACGAACAGAGAGACGACCAGGUCCUGCACCAGACCAACCUGGACUUCCAGCUGGACCGGCUGGGCCCACGCCCCUGCCCCUUCUUCAUCUUCCCCCUCACCUUCUACCACGUCCUGGACCGCCACAGCCCCCUUUACCCGGCCCUGCGUGAGGGCAGCGCCAGCCAUUUUGAGCUAGUGGUGUUUCUCUCCGCCUCCCAGGAGGGCACUGGCGACGCCUGCCAGAAGAGGACCUCCUACCUGCGCCAGGAGAUCCAGUUUGAGCGGCGCUUUGUGCCCGCUAUGGGGUUGGACAAGCAAGGCAGGUACCAGGUGAGCAGUCAGCACUUUGGCAUUGCCCACUGCAAUGAGCCUCUGGACAAGGAGUGUGUGGUGCAAAUCAACGGGGAUGGGAGUGACAGGAUGGAGUAAGGGUGGGGAAGGAAGAGGGUGGAAGGGAAGGAUGGGCAGGAAGAAAGGGAGAACGAGGGAUGGGAGAAGGGGAAGAGGGUAAUAGGUGAGAGGAGUAAGGGACAGAGAGCAACGUGGAAUCGGUGGGUUCCGGGGUAUAGAAUAUCUAUAUAUACAGUACCAGUCAAAGGGCUGGGCACACCUACUUAUUCCAGGGUUUUUUACUUUAUUUCUACUAUUUUCUACAUUGUAGAAUAAUAGUGAAGAUAUCAAAACUAUGAAAUAACACAUAUGGAAUCAAGUUGUAAUCAAAAAAGUGUUAACAAAUCAAAAUAUAUUUUAUAUUUGAGAUUCUUCAAAGUAGCCACUCUUUGCCUUGAUGACAGCUUUGCACACUCUUGGCAAAGAGAAAUGACAGUCCAUCAUUACUUUAAGACAUGAAGGUCGGUCAAUUCUGAAAAUGUCAAGAACUGUGAAAGUUUCAUCAAGUAAAGUCGCAAAAACCAUCAAGCGCUAUGAUGAAACUGGCUCUCAUGAGGACUGCCACAGGAAAGGAAGACCUAGAGUUACCUUUGCUGCAGAGGAUACGUUCAUUAGAGUUACCAGCCUCAGAAAUUGCAGCCUAAAUAAAUGCUUCACAGAGUUCAAGUAACAGACACAUCUCCAGAUCAACUGUUCAGAGGAGACUGCGUGAAUCAGGCCUUCAUGGUCGAAUUGCUACAAAGAACCCACUACUAAAGGACACUAAUAAUAAGAAGAUACUUGUUUGGGCCAAGAAACAUGAGCAAUGGACAUUAGACUGGUGGAAAUCUGUCCAAACUGUAGAUUUUUGGUUCCAACCGCCGUGUCUUUGUGAGAUGCAGGUGAACGGACGAUCUCCGCAUGUGUGGUUUCCACCAUGAAAACAUAGAGGAGGAGGUGUGAUGCUGUGGAGGUGCUUUGCUGGUGACAGUGUCUGAGAUUCAUUUAGAAUUCAAGGCACACUUAACUACCAUGGCUACCACAGCAUUCUGCAGUGAUACGCCAACCCAUCUGGUUUGCGCUUAGUGGGACUAUCAUUUGUUUUUCAACAGGACAAUGACCCAACACAUCUCCAGCCUGUGUAAAGGAUAUUUGACCAAGAAGGAGAGUGUUGGAGUGGUGCAUCAGAUGACCUGCCUUCCACAAUCACCCGACCUCAACCCAAUUGAGAUGGUUUGUGAUGAGUUGGACAGCAGACUGAAGGAAAUGCAGCCAACAAGUGCUCAGCCUAUAUGGGAACUCCUUCAAGACUGUCUGAAAAGCAUUCCAGGUGAAGCUGUUUGAGAGAAUGCCAAGAAUGUGCAAAGCUGUCAUCAAUGCAAAGGGUGGCUACUUUGAAUAAUCUAAAAUCUAAAAUAUAUUUGUUUAAACACUUUUUUGGUGACAACAUGAUCCAUAUGUGUUAUUUCAUAGUUUUAAGUUCUUCCCUAUUGUUCUACAAUGUAGAAAUUUGUAAAAAAUUAAGAAAAACCCUUCAAUGGGAAGGUGUGUCCAAACUUUUAAUUGGUACUGUAUAAUAUAUAUAUAUGUG